GAUCUGCAGUGGAGGGGGAGGGGGGCUACACCCGGGCGCUGCCCUAUUUCCUUGGCUUCUCCCGGCUGGCGGAGCUCAGAUUAUCUCCGGCCGUGACGGAGCCGCUUCAUCCCUGACACCGGCUACCCUCAUCCCUACCCCGGCAUCACCGGUAUACCUCUCGGUCACCCCUCUCGGUGUCCCCCCCCUCCCCACUCAAGAUGUCCGGCUGGCAGGAUUACGUGGAUAUGCUGAUGGCCGAUGGCAGCUGCCAGGAGGCCGCCAUUGUCGGAUACGUGGACGCCAAAUACGUCUGGGCAACCACCCCCGGGGGCUUCUUCCAGACGCUGACGCCUGCAGAAAUAGAUGUACUGAUAGGAAAGGAUAGAGAAGGAUUCUUCACUAAUGGUCUUACUGUUGGAGGAAAGAAAUGCUCGGUGAUCAGAGACAGCCUGUAUAUUGAUAAUGAUUUCACAAUGGAUAUCAGGACAAAAAGUCAAGGCGGAGAACCAACAUACAACAUUGCUGUAGGCAAAGCUGUCAGAGUCUUGGUCUUCGCAAUGGGCAAAGAAGGAGUCCACGGAGGCGGCUUGAAUAAAAAGGCAUUCGCAAUGGCGAAAUACUUGAGAGAUAUGGGAUUUUAGCUUUUAGGCCAACUUACAUUCUAGGGGAAAACAGACAAACAUUGCUACUAAACUUUCCUACAUGAACAAAGCAUUCUUUAUCUGGAAAUUUUAUUAGCAAUAAAAUGGGUGAUGGGGAUGAUCCUGUGUCUCCUUUGUAUCCCUAUUUUGGUGGGGAAAGUUGUUGUCUUUAAACAUUUUUUUUUUCCUUUAAUUUUUUUUUUUGUGUUUUUAAGCAAUUGAUUUAUCAUGGCAAAUUGUGUCCAUAAUAGGACAACCCAACAGGAUGUUUUGUUGACUGCUUUUACCCUCCUCAAAGGCUUUACUACUGAGCAGCAUCUCCUGCCGGCUAUAACUUUACAUUGCAUCUCGUCUGUCCACCAGACUGUAGAAUAUAGUUACAGUUUGUCUUUCAUUUAACCAUAAUCUUUGUUGGCGUUUACUAUAUUUCUGUACCACCCAUUGCAGUCCCGUAAUGUGAAACGCGUGGCUUUUCAGUGUUAUGUACGCAUAGGCUGGUAUACUGAGUGUCUGACCCAUAUGUUAACAUUGUGUUUAGAAGUCAGGUGGUAAAAGGGUGGGGGUUUAACCCAGUCUUAAGACCGUUUUAGGUACACUGAAUGUACACCUUGCCACAAACUGUACCUCAAUUAAAGCUGUUUUAAUGCGUACUCUUCUAAAGUACGAUGUAGUUGCCUCACUUUAAAGCAGAUAGCAAUGUAACUUAAACCCAGUUUGCCAUCAGAUAUUCCUGGUUUGUGCUGUUCUUCUGCCAGCACAAGUCUUAAGCACAUGCUAGUGUUGUCCUGUACAAAGUCUGGGCUUAGUAUAGUAAGUAGAAGCCUAGUAACUUGAGUCAGCAGGACUGCAGCAAGGCAUGGGUAGCAGCUAGAUAUAUAAGGGGGGAGAAGAGUGGUGCACAAGAAAACACUAAGCUUGAUGCAAAUUUGUACAUCCAUUGGAUUGAUGCGUUUUGAGCAGUUUGAGCAUAUACACAGCUCAACUUAGUCUUCCUUUGCUCAAACACAGGUGGAAAUCACUACUUACAAAAACACUAGGUCCACUUUUCGCUACUCUUUAAAGUUAUUGUAAAGCAAUUUUACCUUUUUUUCUUUUGGUGUCUUACAAAUUUACCCUCCUGUAUGUAAUCAUAACUGCAGACUACAGUGCCACAAGCCUAUGGUUUGGCAUUUAUCUGUGGUGAGCGCCUGCUCGGAAGGACACGCUUGUGCGUUUUUAGUGCAAUAACGUAAAUAAUAUCAUCUUUCUCUCACACUAGAGUGUAUGCCAAAUCAUUUUUUUAAAUAAACGUUUUAAAGCCAUUUGCUAGAGUUUAUUCUUUUGUCAUGGUUGUGGUGGGAAAAUUCUCUUUAAACCUAUGAAAUCUUUAUUUCCGAAUCUUCCACCUUGUUUUGCAGCACAUAAUAAGUUUUUUUUUGUAGAUGGAGACAUUUUGGGGCAUAUUUAUAACUUAUUUCUUUCUGUAUUAUUAAUUCAUGGCUAUAUUUAAUGAAAGGCCCAUAUCAGAAUAAGUAGCAUAAUAUUCAAUUUUAUACUCCCUUCAAAUAUAUCUUCUCAUUAUUGUUGGUUAUGCUGUGAUCUUUUGACAUCCGUGUAAACGUUAUUCCUGUCUGCCAGACAUUUAAUUUGGAUGUUGGCUGAUCAUAGAUCCUGAUGUACACUUCUAAAUAAUGGCUGAUGUAUGACAUGCAUUACAAACCUUAUUUAAGAUGCCUGUUUAACUAGAAGCGCCAUGCCAAUAUGAUGUCCUUUAUUUUUGAAGGAACUAAUAAAGAUUUUAAGUGUAAGGAGCUAUGAACAGCCUUAAGCCAGCCAUACAUGGAUCAAAUCUGGUUCAGCAAGGAUUGGUCGAAUUUCAAUCCAUGUAUGGCCAGGCUGGCUGUCCAGAAGUUGAUCUACCAGUUGACUUUUGUACAACCAGCCUGUUGGAAAACUUCCACACGAUCUGGCAGCACUGAUCCGUGUAUUCUGACAGCAGGAAAGACGGAAAACAUCUCAGCGGGAGGAGUUCCCCCAUCCACCUCGUCUGGGGAAUUGGGUCUUAGUUUAACCCACUGGUUGAACAAAAGAGAUUACUACUUUAUCGACUUAGUGUAAAAUCUUAGGUACUUUGGGAUCUUGUGACUUUGCUACAAGCUAUUCUGUCUUCAGUGACGAGUGUGUCAAAAGGCAGGGACAGCCGCAGAGGGAGGAACUUCUCAGAGGACCAUCGCCUUAGAGAAGCCUUUCUCAUCCCUUUUACAUGUAGGAACCCUCAGGGAACCCCUACUAUUUAUAUAAUUACAGCGAACGGUACUUUAGUGUGUGGGUCACUACACUACAUUUGUGGUCCCCCACUUACAGAUGGCUAAAAUGUUAAUUGGCAUUAGCAAAUACUUAUGAGAGAGGUAGAAAUUCCUCAUGAAACCCCAAGCAACCUCUGAACAAGCCCUAGGACCCUACAGAACCCUAUAGAUGAGAGAGCCUGCGGUAGAGGUUCCAACAGUUUACCUAGUACAAUAAGACCACUAGUUUUGGUCACUUUUUAUUUAAUACAGGCUCUUGGUCAGCCAAUCAACAGGGAAUAUCAUGAAGCCGAUCUCCCUUAUAUUGAUGUGGUUUAUUUGUCUUCAUAGGACCAAUUGCAGUUACAUAUUUACCCCAAACAUUAGACAUAAUUUAUCUUGAGAUGACUACCACUUUCAGUCUCAUUAUUCAGCUUCUUUUCAUUGGCAGGUCUGAGGAUGUCAUUGCUGCUGGAUUAUUAUCUCUAUAUAUCGUUUUAAGGGGGUUGGUAGUUUUGAAAUAGUGCUGCUGACAAACAUUAACCCAGAGAAUAACAACUGUUGAACAUUGCUGCAGAAACAGUUCAUUACAUUUCUUUGUAUUAUUUUAAACGUGUAUAACCUGGUUGUCAGUUAAAAUACAUUACUGUCUAUUUUAAUAAUAAAAAAAUACAAGUUCCUUGUACUAAAGAAUAAUAGAUGGCAUUCUUUAGAAUGAAGCAAGCUCUAUUUGUGAUAGCUUCAUAUGUAUUCUGUGCCAUAUGACAGUAUGGAGCCGUGAGAGGGGUUUUAACUGACAUAAAGGUCCUACUUCCUCCAAAAUGGCACUUCUGUAAGGACAUUUUAGAAUUUUGCUUCUGUUUUUGUCUUGUGUAUCAUGUACAAACUGUAAACACUUGUUAAUUUGUCCAUUUCUUUCCCUGCACUUUUGUUACAUCUGGGAUACAGUCUAACUCAUCUGAUUUAAUAUGCAUUUAAAGAAAUGCCAUAAAACUUUUAAACCACCUUGUUUACAGACAGAUGAAAUUAAAUUUAUUCCAACCAAA